AAGAGUUUCAUCUGUAGGAAGCCGUAGCCGUCCCACAGAUCUUUUGUGUGAGCAACAUCGUAGCUUUUUCUGGAGGAAGUGGAAAAGCUUUCACAACGUAGUUUGUCCAGCUACUGUUCGGCCAGCCUACCCAGUGCCUAAGGUCUCUGUCUUCACAUCUCCCCUCUGACUCAAGCACAUCGUGCAGCCUAACUAUGUCAGCAUUGGACUGAUCCCAGAAUGGCCAGACCACAUCGAGAUCAAGAACCAAGAGCAGAUUGAGGGCCUUGCUAGAGCAUGUCAGCUUGCCAGACACGUAUUGCUACUUGCUGCAGGCAGUCUGAAAGUUGGUAUGACAACAGAUGAAAUAGACUUUAUUGUGCACCAGGAGACAAUCAGGCACAAUGCCUACCCCUCCCCUCUUGGAUACGGAGGUUUUCCUAAGUCAGUCUGUACAUCUGUGAACAACGUGGUGUGUCAUGGCAUACCUGACAGCCGCAAACUUGAAGAUGGUGAUAUCAUAAACAUCGAUGUCACAGUGUAUUUGGAUGGUUACCAUGGUGACACCUCAGAAACCUUCUUGAUUGGCCAGGUGGAUGAGGUUGGGCAGCAGCUGGUGGAGACGGCGAGGCGUUGCAGAGAUGAGGCUAUCGCUGUUUGCAAACCAGGAGCACAACUUUGUGUUAUAGGAAACACUAUUAGUGAAAUAGCCCAUUCUCAUGGCUUUCAAGUGUGUCCGUAUUUCAUUGGUCAUGGAAUAGGUUCCUAUUUUCAUUGCCAUCCUGAGAUUUGGCACCACGCUAAUGAUAAUGAGAUAACCAUGGAUGAAGGGAUGGCUUUUACAAUAGAGCCUAUAGUAAUGGAGGGGUCUCCAGAGUUUAGAAUCUUGAAGGACAAAUGGACCGCGGUGUCGGUCGAUGAUAAAAGGUCAGCUCAGUUCGAACACACGGUGGUCAUCACAGCUGAAGGAGCGAAGAUUCUCACUAAACUACCAGAAGAAGACAAUCUGUGACAGAAACUGACUACUACCUCGAAUAGUACACCAUUUGAGGAUCUGAGCUACUGUUUGUGAAUAUAAAAAAACUGUGUUGUGUAACAAGCUCCCUUACUGUAGAAUUGCAAAGACCAAGUGUUUUUGAUUAUUAAGGAAUGCAGACAUGUUCUUUCAAAUAAAAAUACAAUCCACACA